AUGUCAUGCGCAUCGCCGAUCGCCCGCCAUCGACGUGAUCUGAGGGACCCCCGCGUCGCGCUCACGCCGCUUCUCCGGCAACAGAUCUCGCAACGUCGAUUCGGAUAUGUGAGAGCCAGCGAGAGCGGCGCAGGAACCCAGGACCGAGAACCAGAUCACGGAGGGCUAAAUCCAUCGUAUACUCGUAUACUCGUGUAUGCGCGCCUCGAGAGUCGCACCCGUCACCCGUCCUACUACUCGUACACCCAUAGACCAGCUACAGCCCGUCCCCCCUCCCUCGUCCAUCUGCCCCUCCCCUCCUGCGCCGCGCGAGCCCCUCCCACGACGACGCCUUCAGCUCCCACACGAGUACACAUAAACACACGCCCGCAGGCCCCCUCCCAUCCCAUCCUGUCCCGCCCAUAUCCAUCCCUCCGCCUCUAG